AUGGAGAUGGGGAGGGACUGGUCCGAGAUGAUGGCGGUGUGCUUGGCCAACGUGUUCCUCAGACUGAGCCUUGAAGAUCGCUGGAAGGGGGCGAUGAGGGUUUGCCGAUCGUGGAGAGACGCGGCGAGGGACCCUUCCCUCUUCUCUUCGUUCGACAUGGAGCCGUCCUUUGAGGCGGAGGGAGGUGGGGUCUCCGAUGCGUCCGUCUGGUGGACGCCGGAGUUCAGGCGGCGCGUCGAUUGCAUGCUCCGGUCGGCCGCCGAGUGGGCCGGCGGGUCCCUCCGUGAGAUCCGUGUCCGGCACUGCUCCGACGUAUCCCUGUUCUUCGCCGCCGAGAGGUAACGAUGUUCAGAAGCUGUUGAUGAUCCGUGGUUGAUUAGGUUUUUUACGGUGAUUCUCUAGAAGGGAUUUUUUCGAAGGUCUCUUCGCCAUCUUGACGAGGAGAUCAUUGGAGUCAUGCUUUAUUUGAUGAUUGAAUUCUUCUUUGGAUUUUGCGGGCUUCGGAUUGAUAGGAUGAGCCUUGUGAUGAUAAUUUAUGGGAACGAUCUCAAACAGAUGUUAAAACUAACCGGAUCUUUAGAUCUGAAAAAAAUAGGGAUACUUCUUCGAGAACGCAGUAAGAUAACCGUCGAUCAGGUCUCAUUCACUGGGACGAUGAAGAUCUGUCAGGCGCAUUUCUUCUCCGUUUGAUUUCUUAGGAUGAAUUGGAAGUAUUCCUCUGCCUCUGCUCCGUCGUAGCAACUUCGGGUGAAUGUUCGCACAAUCCGAUCUUAUAGCCCUCAUUAUAAGGGCAAUCGUUCUUGGCAGUCUGAUCCCCUCCAUAUGAGUCCACCUCUCUUCAAACUCUGCCACUCUGAUAAUCUCCUAUGAAAAUGAUCCAUUCAUUCUUCCUGGUCAUCAUAAAUUGUGGCAGGAGGCCUUCCACACGAUCCAUACAACAUUUUUCCAUCGAAUUUUGGUGGGGCAUAUUCAUCAUUAUGUAUGAUCCUGAGUAGAAACUAGUUCCUUCAGUUGAUCGUGAUUCAUCAAUCCUCUCACUGGAGCUGACUUUUCCGAUCAUCCAAUCUAGGCAUUCAGUCAUUCUUCCUGUUCAUCAUAAAUUGUGGUGAGAUUCCUUCCACACGAUCCAUGCAACAUUCUUCCAUCGAAUUUCCAUUCCAAAUGAUCCUGAGUAGAAAACUAGUUCCUUCAGUUGACCGUGAUUCAUCCAUCCUCAUUGGAGCUGACUUUUCUGACUAUCCUAUUAUCCUCUGUAUUAAACAAAUAAAAAAAUUAAAAUCCCCCCCCCUCUUGCUGGUCAGCCAGAUAUGAAUCCCAUCACUCCUUUUCAGGAUGAAGGCGAUUCCUGAAUCAUAAUCAGGAUAAGAUGAUCUGUAUACUCACCUGUAUGCUCCAUGUCGUCUUCUCCUCGAUCUCCAUCCCCAACCCAGAUUCUGGCAAGAGAGUUAAGAAUUUCUGAGGCAUAGUUGGAGUGGAUGGCCAUCAUUUCAUUAUAUUAUUUUUUCUUGCAAGCUUUUGGUUUAUCCAUCAUAUUUGAUUAAAAAAAAUGCAAAUUAAAUCUCUCAGGUCGCCAAAUCUUCAUGUUCUCUCCAUCCGAAGCUCGCAGAGUGUGACGGAUUCAUCCAUGGCGAAGAUCGCCACCUUCUGCCCGAUGCUGCGGGAGCUCGACAUCAGCUACUGCUACGAGAUCUCCUCUGAAUCGCUCGAGCUGAUCGGGAGAUCUUGCCCGAACAUGGCGAUCCUGAAGAGGAACCUGCUCAAUUGGCUGGACCCAUCACAGCAUUCCGGGAUCAUCCCCUCGGAGUACCUCGAUUCCUGCCCUCAAGACGGCGAUCAGGAGGCUGCCGCCAUUGGAAAGUCAAUGCCCAAUCUCCGCCAUCUCGAGGUUCGGUUCUCAAAGCUGACCAUCAGAGGGCUCGUCUUGAUCUCCGAAGGCUGCCAUGAAUUGGAGCUCCUGGACCUGUUCGGCUGCGGCAACCUCACGAGCAGGGCCAUUGAACAGGCGUCCUCCAACCUCAAGAGCUUGAAGACCCUGGUGAAGCCCAAUUUCUACAUCCCCCGAUCAGUGUUCCACACAGAGAGGUAUGGUCAUUGGAGACUCUACGAUGAGAGGUUCCAGACCAAUGUCUUCCAAAUCUGA